AUUUCACAAACACAAAAAGUAGAGUUUUGAUUGGCAAAUCCAGGAUUACCAUCCAAAACACAAGGAGAAGAAAGAAAAAGAAAAAAUAAUAAAAUAAAUAAAAUUAAACAUAUAAAACUCAACGAAACAAAAUGGCAGACCGUGUGUUACUCACUCCUUCACUCUCUUCUUCACCAACCACAAUGGCUACUAUCACCGGCGGCGCCGCCGCACGCAUGAUUCCCUCCGCCACUAGAGCCACCGUCUCACUUUCAACUUCCCGUUCGUUCUUCUCAUUUUCAUUGGCAUCUUCUUCCCGUUCCGUUUCCUCGCUCAAUUGCUUGCGUUCUUCUCCUCGCAUUUCUCACAUCUUUCUCAAUCAGCGAAGAGGAGAAGUUCGCGUUUCGAGUGGACGAUUCGGAACGGUUGCCUUUGCGUCUGAUCCUGAUCAGUUGAAGAGCGCUAGAGAAGAUAUCAAGGAGCUUCUUAAGACUAAGUUCUGUCAUCCUCUUUUGAUUCGUUUGGGAUGGCAUGAUGCUGGUACUUAUAAUAAGAAUAUUGAGGAGUGGCCACAGAGAGGUGGAGCCAAUGGUAGCUUAAGAUUUGAAGUUGAGUUGAAACAUGGAGCCAAUGCUGGCCUUGUAAAUGCAUUGAAACUUCUCCAGCCAAUCAAAGACAAAUAUUCAGGCGUGACAUAUGCAGACUUAUUUCAGUUAGCUAGUGCUACAGCUGUGGAGGAAGCUGGAGGCCCAAAAAUUCCCAUGAAAUAUGGAAGAGUUGACGUCACUGGACCUGAACAAUGCCCUGAAGAAGGGAGACUUCCUGAUGCUGGCCCCCCUUCACCUGCUGAUCAUUUGCGUCAAGUUUUCUACCGAAUGGGGUUGAAUGACAAGGAAAUUGUUGCAUUAUCUGGUGCGCACACACUGGGGCGGUCUAGACCAGACCGCAGUGGCUGGGGCAAACCUGAGACUAAAUACACGAAAGAUGGGCCAGGAGCACCUGGGGGACAAUCCUGGACUGCACAAUGGUUAAAGUUUGACAACUCUUACUUCAAGGACAUCAAAGAAAAAAAGGAUGAAGAUCUAUUGGUAUUGCCAACUGAUGCUGCUCUUUUUGACGAUCCUUCCUUCAAGGUAUAUGCUGAGAAAUAUGCUGUAGAUCAGGAAGCAUUCUUUAAAGAUUAUGCUGAAGCACAUGCCAAACUCAGCAACCUUGGAGCAAAGUUUGAACCUGCAGAGGGCGUUGUGGUAGAUGGUUCUCCAAAUGUAGUGGGAGAGAAGUUUGUAGCAGCCAAGUACUCCUCUGGAAAGGAGUAAAAACAAGUGUGUUGUUUUCUUGUGCAAGUAUCUUUAAUAAUACAAGAAGAAGCUAUUUUCAAAUCGUGGGAUUAUUAUCACAUGUAAUUUUGGAAAUCUUAAAAUGAAGAAGAAAGGAAUAAAAUUCAAUAGUGUGCCUAUUUGAAUUGCAGAAAGAGCUGUCUGAUGCUAUGAGGAAGAAGAUACGGGCUGAAUAUGAGGCUGUUGGCGGAAGCCCAGAUAAGGCUCUAAAGUCAAACUAUUUCCUAAACAUCAUAAUUGUUAUUGCUGCUUUGGCUAUUUUGACCUAUCUGUUUGGAAACUAAUAGAAUUUUGUCUUACUGAAAUUCGCUACAACUACAAGUGAAUCGGCAUCUGCGCACUUGUUAAUUUUUUCCUUUGGCAUUUGCGUAUUAAUGCAUUGAUAAAUCAUAUAA